AUGUCUUGGAAAACGACGUUGCAGACAUCGGCUACAAUCGUGUCCCUUGUCAUCAUUGUCAAUGAGAUACGGAAAGCAUACCAACAGCUCACCAUCACCAGCUCUAACCUCACAUCCCUCCCACCAAAAUCUAGAGGAAUCGAAUCAAGGAUUGGGAAUACCGCUCUAAUUGAGAUUAAAUCCUUGUCAGCAAAGACGGGAUGCAAAAUAUACGCCAAAUUGGAAUUGAGUAAUCCAGCUGGAAGCUCAAAAGAUAGAGUUGCAUUGGCAAUCAUCCGAGCCGCUGAGUCACAGAAUCGAUUGGUUCCUCAUCAACAAAAUGUAAUCUUUGAAGGGACUUCAGGAUCGACUGGUAUCAGUUUUGCUGUAUUGGCUAAUGCAUUGGGAUAUACUGCGCAUAUAUGUCUUCCAGAUGAUACCUCACCAGAAAAGUUACAACUACUCGAGGCAUUAGGAGCUGAAGUUGAAAAGGUUAAGCCUGCAAGUAUCGUUGAUCCGAACCAAUAUGUAAAUGCAGCCAAAAGGGGUGCUGACGGCGUUAAUAACGACCCAACAAAUGAUCGAAAAGCAAUCUUUGCCAAUCAGUUUGAAAAUGAUUUCAACUGGAGAAUACAUUAUACCACUACUGGGCCCGAAUUGAUUAAACAAUUGGAUCGCAUAGAUGUUUUUAUAAAUGGAAGUGGAACCGGGGGUACCAUUGCUGGAGUCGGUAAAUGUUUGAAAGAACACAAUCCUGAUACAAAAAUUAUACUAGCUGAUCCACAAGGUAGUGGACUUGCUAAUCGAAUUAAUUUUGGAGUGUUGUACGACACAGUGGAGAAAGAAGGUACCAGGAGAAGACAUCAAGUUGACACGUUGGUUGAAGGUAUUGGUCUCAAUCGGCUCACCUGGAAUUUUAAACAAGGAGAACCCUAUAUCGACGAAGCAGUUAGAGUUACCGAUGAACAAGCAUUGAAGAUGGCAAAAUAUCUUUGUAUUAAUGAUGGAUUAUUUUGGGGCAGCUCUGCAGCAAUUAAUUGCGUUGCUGCUGUCAAGACGGCACUAAAGUAUGGUCCCGGACAGAAUAUUGUUGUCAUAGCUUGCGAUUCUGGCGAUCGUCAUUUGUCAAAAUUUUGGAAGCACGCAGUGCAGAUACCGAAGGAUGUCUCGUUAGAGGAUGUUUUAUCCGAGGGGGAGCAGUGA